AUGAAGAAAAAAAGUCAUUAUAGUAAAGGUGAAGAUGAAAAAUAUUAUGAGAAAAAGAAAAGUCAUAGAACAAAUUCAAAACAUAAAUAUAUAAAGUCAUCAAAUAAUAAAAAUCCUCUAGAAACAGAUUCAUCUAAAUAUGAUGAACAUUUUGAAGAAAAAGUGAAUUUAUUAAAAAAUAAAGAAAAUUAUAAUAAUUCACAGAAUUUAUCAAAUAAAAAGUCUGUAUCAUAUGAAAAAAAAAAAAGUAAAAAAAGAAACAUGAAUUCAGAUAUCAAUGAACAAAAAUUUUCAGAAUUAGAAAAUGAAGAAAAAAAGAAUGUUGAUUUAAAAAGUGAUUUGAAAAUAUUUGAUGAAAUUAAAAAUGAAGAUAAAAGAAAGAGUGAAAAUAAAUAUGAUAUUAAAAAUUAUGAUAGAAAAAAUGAAAAGAAGAAGGAAAGUUAUAAAAGGCAUGAGAAUAAAAAAAAAGAAGAAAAAAUUACAGAAUAUAGUAAAAAAAAAAAUGAAGAUAGAAAAAAUUAUAGAAAAUAUGAAGACGAAAAGAGAAAACAUGAAAAUAAAUAUGAUAAUAAAAAGCAUCAUGAAAAAAAAGAAGAAGAUUAUAGAUAUGAAAAAAAAAAGUAUGAAGACAAAAAAUAUGAAUACAAAAAACAUGAAGAAGAAAAACGUAAAAAAAUAAAAAUAGACGAUAAGAAAACAGAUUAUAAAAAAAAUGAGGAAAAAAAAAAUGAUGAUAAAAAACAUAGCAAAAAAAAAGGUAGUGACAAAAAAGAUAUAUAUAAAAAAUAUGAAGAAAAGAGAAAAGGAAAAAUAAAUUAUGAUAAAACAUAUGACGAUUCAUAUACCAAUGAAAAAAAUGAUUACGAUAAAAAAUCAUCUAGCUACAAAUACAGAAGUAAACAUAGAAAUAUAUCUAUUAAUAGUAAGCAAAUUUACAGAUAUAAUGAUCAUAAUUAUAAUUCGUUAUCAUCAGAUAAUUAUUCCAAACGUAGUAUUAGUAAGAAAGUUCAAAAUGAAAAUAGAAGUAGAAGUAUUAGUAACAAUAAAUUAUUUAGUAAAUAUAAUAGAAAAGUAGAAGAUAAAAAAUUAAACAAUAUACUUUGUGAAGAAAAAUAUGAUAAUAAUGAUAAUACUAACAAUAUCUAUAACUACAAUAAUAGCAAUAGCAUGUUUAAAAAUCCCUAUAUGGAUGAUGACUUCAAAUCAGAUGGAUACAAAAAUUAUAAUAUGGAUAUGAAGAAAAGAUUUGAGAAAGAAGAUUUUGAAAAUGAUUAUGUAACAACGUAUAAUCAAAAUUAUACAUGGUAUGAUUCCAAUUAUAAAGAUAAAAUGAAAAAUAAAACAUUACACAAUUUUUUCCAUGAAGAUGAUCAAAAAAUAGGAAAUAAAAAAAAUAUGAAGUUUAGAGAUUAUAAGAUGAAAAAUAUGAAAAAUAGAAUAACGAAUAGUAUGUAUCAUAAUAACUUAUUAAAGUCAUCUGCUAAUGAAGACUUUGAAAAAAAUAAUUAUAUUAAUAAUAACAAAAUAGACGAUAAUAAUAGCAAUAAUAUACCUAUGAAAAAUUAUAUGAAUUCAAAUUCAUCCAAUAUUUUAGGAAUACCAAAUAAUAAUACCAUGCCAAUGAUGAAUUACAAUAACAUGACACACCCAUCAUUUAAAAAUAAUGUUAUAAAAAAUGUAAAUAAUAUGAUUUAUAAUAAUGAUAUGAUUUACAAUAGAAAUAACAAUAUGUAUAAUGAAAAUCAGAUUAAUCUAAUUAAUAAUUCUUCCAUAAAUAAUAAUAAUAUGAAAAAUUCUUCAUCAUUAAUUAUGAAUAACACUAUUUCUAAUAUUCACGAAGAACAUAGAGAAUUUUUUAAUGUAAAUAAAAAGAAAAUUAUGCAACAAAAUAACCAAACCGAAUCUAACAAUUUAAUUAUACCACCACCCCCAUUUAGUGAUAAUAGAUUUUAUAAUAUGAAUAUGCCAAUGAAUAAUAGAAAAUCUUUAAUAUUAUUGCCAAAUGAUAAUCAAAUGAAAAUGAAUAAUAUUAACAAUCCAAACAUGAUAAAUUAUAAUAACUCAAAUAUGAUAAAUAUCAACCCCAAUAUGAUAAAUAAUAACCCCAAUAUGAUAAAUAAUAACCCCAAUAUGAUAAAUAAUAACCCCAACAUUAUAAAUAAUAACCCAAAUAUAAUGAGUAAUAAUUUAAUGAAUAAUUUUAAUCCAAUGGAUCCUUUAAAAAAUAGACAAUUAAAAGUUUCUAAUAUAAAUAAUGUAAUGGGAGAGGUAGACUUAAAAGAAAAAAAUGUAGAAAAUAAUAUAACUAACGCAACCAACAUAAAUCAAAUGAAUAUACCUCCUCCUCCUGACUUAGAAAUAAAAAAAAAUAAAAAUAAAAUAGUAUCUAAUGCAUUAUUCAAUGACAAAAAUAUGCUUAAUUUUUGUAACGAUAAUAAUUCCUCUCCUGCUCAGAGUAUUUCAAGAUUUAAUAAUUCAAUUAAUAGAAAUGCAUUGUCAUCUAUUAACAGUGUAAAUAAUAAUAACAAUAUUAUGAAUAACCAAAAAGCGAAUAACAUGAAAUUACUUGAAAAAAAUACAUCUAAUCCAAAUUGUGUAAUUUUGAAUCCAAAUAAUAUGGUUUUAUCGCAAAAUUUAAACGUUCACAAUAAUAUGUUAAAUAUAAAUAAUAACAAUAGAAAAUUAAACAUAAACAAAAAUUUUAAUCAAAUAAGAAACAUACAACCGAUUAACACAGAAGACGGAUUAGAUAACAAUGAUGAAAAUAUAUUAGGUGUAAAUAAUAAUAAAAAUAUGACACCAAAUUUAUUAAAUAACAUGUAUAUGAAUAAUGAAAAUUUAGAUAAUAUUAAUAAUAUGAAUUACUUAGAUGAUAAUAAAAAUUUUAAUAAUCCAUUAAUUAAUAAUAUUGCAACUAAUAAUAAUAGUAUAAAUGAUAUGAAAAAUAUAUCUUUUAAUAAAAGUGGUAAUUCUUCAAAGUUGUCAAAUAAUGUUCUUAUCUCAAAAAGUGUUAGCAAUAAUAUUCAAAGGAUAGAUUUAAAUUCAUCACUUUUAAAAUCAUCUAAUUUUGAUGAUUCUAAUGAUAUGCUAAUAAAUUAUCAAGAAAAUGACGUAAAUACUUUUGCAAAUGAAAACAGUUGGAAUAAUAAUUUUCAUUUUAUUGAUAAUUUUAAAAGUAGUUGUUCUGAAGAUAAAAUCAAUGAUAAAAACGGGUGUGAAAAUUCUUACGCUAACACUUUAGACAUAACAUUAAAUGAAGAUAAAAAUAUAAUAAAAGAGGAUAAUGAAAAAGGUGAUUUAUUGUACAUUAGUGAAAAUUAUGAUGAUCAUACAAAAAUAAAAGACUCUGAAAAAAAUAUUAGAAAAGAAUUAACUAAAGAAGAAAAGUUACAUGAAUGGCUUGAAAAACAGCUUCUUAAUCAAACUAAUAUUAUAUCAGAUGCAUUUCAUUUAAUUCCUUUAUUUUCAAAAAAUAUAAAAAAAUCAAGUUUUAAAAAUAUAUUUGUAGAUAACAAUCCUGAUGAAGAAACUAUGAUUGAUUAUACAACGAAUUCAAUAAGUUCUAAAGUGAAUUCUCUUAAAGAUAGCGAAAAAAAUUAUAUUGAUGAUUUUUUUUUAAGUUUUAAACAUAAUACAAAAGAUAACUUUUCUUUUAAAGAAAAAAUUUCCUAUAAAAUGUUAGAAAUAGAAGAUUUAAAUAAUCCUGAUGAUAGUGAUAUCUUUAUUACUGCAACCAAUAAUAAUGUAUUAAAUGAUUUAGAUGAAAAAAUAAUAGAAGAAAAAUAUAUAAGUCAUUUAAGAGAUUUCAUUUUAUCGUCUAAUGAAUUUUAUAAGGAAAAGAAUACUUUUUUGAAUAAAGAAGAUGAAAAAGAAAAUAAAGAAGAAUACAACAAUUCAAAAAAUAAAAAUGACUCCUCUUUUUGUUCAGAUAUGGGUAAUAAAAUAUCAGAAAAAAACAAUAAUUUCAUAACGCAUUUUGAAUGUAUGAAUGAAAAGUUAUUUGGGCAUGUAGAAGAUAAAACAAACAGUAACUCUGAUAUGAUAAAAAAUGAUUUAUAUAACAAUAAUAAUGAUGAUAAUAAUGAUGAUAAUAAUGAUGAAAAUAAUGAUGAAAAUAGAAAUAACUAUUUUUUAAAUCUCAUGAAAUCUAAUAUAAAAAAUUCUUUUUCAUUAAAAAGCAAUAUUUUUAAGAAUAACAAAUCAAAAGAACAAGAUCAGGAACAAACUGUUAUAACAAACGAAGAUUCAAAUAAAUUAAAUGAACAACUUUUACAAUUAAAGGAAAAUGCAGAUACAUUAUUGAAUAAAAAGAGUUUCAGUUAUAAAUAUUAUUUAUUUUCCUUAAUGCUACAAAAACAUUUUAACACAAGAAAUUUUGAUCAAAAAAAUAUGUUAAAUGAUAAAAUGAAUAUUUCUUCAAUUAAUUUAUUUUUUUUAAAUAACUAUACUGUAACAUCAGAAGAUUCUAUUAAUAUGUAUUAA